CGGGCAUGUGUGCGGCCGUGGCUGACGAGUCGGGCCCCGAGGGCCUCAGCUCCACCUCCCUGCUGGACCUCCUGCUGCCCACGGGCCUGGAGCCAACGGACACUGAGGAGCCCAGUGAGGCCCUGGCUGCGGGCUCGGGCUUCCCCGGCGACGAGAGCGAGGAGUCGCGGCUCCUGCAGCCGCCCCAGUACUUCUGGGAGGAGGUCGAGCUGAAUGACUCCAGCGUGGACCUGGGCCCCACCGCAGACUACGUGUUUCCAGACCUGACUGAGAAGGCGGGGUCCGUGGAGGACAGCACCCAGACCCAGGGGCUGCCAGGCCUGCCCUCGCCCCUGCCCAAGCUGAGCCUGGUGGAGCCUCCCUGGCACGUGGCUCCAGAUGCAGAGGAGGAGGAGGAGCUGCUCCCAGUGAACGGGCCCCCUGAGGAGGCCGAGACGCAAGCCCAGGCCUUGGGGCCCCCCAGCAGCAGUGCGGCGCCCGGGGGCACAGGAUACAGGCCAGAAGACACGGGGGACCGAGCCUCAUCGGGGCUAGAAGUGGAGAGCGGCCUGGAGCCUGGCCCACCGCCGCCCAUGGUCAGCCCUCGAGCAGAGACCACGGGGGGUCGUGAGGCAGGCAGCACCGUGCUGCCGGCAACAGGACUCGGGGUCACCCUCAUGGCUCCCCAGGAAGCUAGCAAGGGGCCUGCUAUGGGGACAGCCAGCGAGCAAGGGGACACGUCACCCUCAGCUCCAGGGCAGCCUAAGACCAUGAGUGAGGACCAUCUAGACCCCAGGACCCCAGCCUCUCAGCCUGAGGCCGCGGGGGAGGACCGUCUGGACCCUAGGACCCCAACCUCUCUCCCGCUGGGUCCCCGAGGGGCAGAACCAACACCUUCCUCAGCUGCCUCGGGGCAGGAACAGCUUGGGCAGCAGCCGGAGGAGGGGCCGGCGGCCGAAGCCCAGUCCAGGACGCCCUGGGACUCAACUCAGGUGAUCUGCAAGGACUGGAGCAACCUGGCCGGGAAGAAUUACGUCAUCCUGAACAUGACCGAGAACGUGGAUUGCGAGGUGUUCCGGCAGCACCGGGGGCUGAGGCUGCUGGCCCUGGUGGAAGAGGUGCUUCCGCGCCACGGCCACGGCCCCCUUGGGGCCUGGCGCAUCUCCCUGAGCAAGCCCAGCGACAAGGAGCGGCACCUUCUCAUGACACUGGUGGGCGAGCAGGGAGUGGUGCCCACGCAAGAUGUCCUGUCCAUGCUCGGUGACAUCCGCCGACGUCUGGCGGAGAUCGGCAUCCAGAGCUACUCCACGGCCAGCAGCUGCCAGGCGCGGGCCAGCCAGGCACGCAGCGACUACGGGACACUGUUCGUGGUGCUGGUGGUCAUCGGUGCCGUGUGCGUCGUCAUCAUCGCGCUGGGCCUGCUCUACAACUGCUGGCAGCGCCGGCUGCCCACGCUCAAGCACGUGGUGAGCUCAGGCCCAGGGGCUCGCUGCCGGCCGUUUCUCGAGAGCAAGGGGGCAGGGCCCUGGUGUUACCCCAGUUCCCACUCCCGGGCCUGCGGGGCUCUGGGUCGG